AAACCUUCUCAGAAGGAGGUGUGACUCAGAGCCUUACAGGAGCAGCUCCUUCCUGCAUGGAUGUGAAGUGCAGGAGAUGUGGAUCGAUCAGCCAGCAGACCUGAGCUGAUUGAUCACAACAGCAGCAGCAGCUCGGCUUCAGCUCUGAACUGAACUGAUUAAAUCAGAUCUGACGGACGGGUGAUUGAUCUGAAGCCACAUCGACUGUUUUCACGUCUGAUCGGAAGCCUGACUGAAAGAUCUGAGCUCAUCUGAUGCCUAACUGACCGACUUGACACCUGAUCGGUUCAGUCUGACUGGCUGAGUAACCCACUGGAAGUCUGUCAGCUUUGACACCUGAGCGGAGGUCUGCUCGUCUGAUUGGAGGUCUGCUCGUCUGAUUGAGGUCUGCUCGUCUGAUUGGAGGUCUGCUCAGCUGGCAUCAGGAUGAGCGGAGCAGAGGAGGUGGUCUGCGAAGGCUGGCUGCGAAAAUCCCCACCAGAGAAAAAGCUGCGGCGAUAUGCGUGGAAGAGGCGUUGGUUCGUGCUGCGAAGCGGUCGGCUGAGCGGCGAGCCGGACGUCCUGCAGUACUACAAGAACCAGCAGUCCCGCCGGCCAAUCAGGACCAUCAACCUGAACCUGUGCGAACAGGUGGAUGCUGGCCUGUCGUUCACCAAGAAGGAGCUGGAGAGCAGCUUCGUCUUCGACCUGAAGACGGAGGAGAGGGUCUGGUACCUGGUGGCCGAGUCCGAGGAGGACAUGAACCGCUGGGUUUCCUCCAUCUGCCUGCUGUGCGGCUUCAACCCGACCGACGACGUUCCAGAGAGACCUCGUGCGCCUGGCUCGUCCUCCAUCACGCCAACCAGUGGCACCGCCACCAUCGCCACGGCAACAGGGUCAGUCCCACCCCCCUAUGAUCCAGUGAGGGUGAAGAACCCGGGGCAGGCUGGCAGCGGCGAAGAAGAUUACCUGUGGCUGUCCCACUGCCAGAGCCACAUCAGGCCUCCUUCGGGUUCCUCCACCUCUCUCGAAACCGACUACAACGACAACCUGUACCCUCCCCCCUCCGCCACCUCCUCCUCCUCCUCCUCUUCCUCCUCUCCGUCCCUCCUUCCCAACAGCCUCUCGCCUCAAUCUUCCUCUUCGUCGGGCUACAGGACGACCCCGUGGACAGUCGCCGCCAUGAAAGGCCCUCUCAGUCAGUCUCUGGACGCCAGCGUCACCUCUGACCCCCAGAAACGAGGCGGCGGCAGACCCCGCUGUCACCCGUCCCCUCAUCCCAGGAAGCACUCGCUGGAUUUCCACCUGCGACCCGUGGCGAUACCCCUCACUGAUGACCCACACUCGAGUACGCUGUCAUACAACACCAGUGGUUACCAGAUCCCUCGCCCGGCGUCCACCCCGCAGCCACGACCCCCUCGCCGUCCGUCUUCGACCCCUAGCGUGGACUCACUGAGCGAGCUCGACGCCUCCACCCCGACUCCUCCUCCACGGCCGCCGAAGCCCCUGACCUUGGCAGCCCAGGGAGAGAACUCAGCUGUGGGGACGCCCCCUCGAUCCUCCUCCUCUGAGCCGGAGAGGAAGGACGGAUGUGUGGAGGGAGGAGGAGGAGGAGGAGGAGCAGUUCUGCCGAGGAGUAACACUGUCACUAUACCUGGACACGCACAGACAGGUUGUGAGUCUUUCCACGUCCCUCGGUCUCUGUCUGACAGAGCGAGCAUGUUUGAGUUCAGCGAGAGCUUCAACACUUACUUUUUUAAUAAAGGCAUGGUGCCUCUGGGGAGCGUUUGCUCCGAAGACGACGACGUGGAUGAAAACUACGUCCCCAUGAGUGCCGCCACCACUGAGCCUCCUGUGGCGCCGAGGGUGCCUCCUCCUCCUCCCUCUGACUUGUCUGUCCAGCUCCAGGACGCCAACUACGUCGCCAUGACCCCCCUCCCCCAUUCCCUCCCUCCUCAUCCCUCCCCCUCCGCGGGUGACCUGGCGUCCUUGGGGAGGCAGGUCCCCCCGCCUGCCCACAUGGGUUUCCGUAACUCCAGCCUGACUCCCGUCGCUCCCCUCACCCCGCCGCUCAGGAGGAGCACCGUGACCAUCAUUGCUGAGACGGCAGCCCUCCCGCCUCCAAUCCACCGCAACCUGAAGCCACAGCGCAGAGGAGUUUCAGCCAGUCAGCCUGCAGAGCGAGCGGACAUCCAGACCGCAGGAGAGCCGACACACAAAACACGAGUGAAACCAGCUCCUCUGGACAUCACUCCAGUGCAGCAGGACUGGCAGGAAGUCCCGCCUCCUGUCCGCUCACCUGUCACCCGGACCUUCACACGAGAUCUGUCCACUCGCCGGUCAGUCAGGCCGACCUCUGCUCACAGCUCCUCCCCCUCCUCUGAUUCUGAUGAGGCCGAUGACAGCUACGUCGCCAUGACGACCUCAAACUUGAGCUUCAGCGCCGGGGAGCAGUCUCUGAGGCUGAUGCUGCACCGGGCGUCAGAGGGCGGAGUCAGCAGCAGCCCGUUGCUACGGCGAGCCAGAGGUGACAAACAGGUGGAGUACCUGGACCUGGACCUCCACACUGGGCGAUCGACUCCAACAAGACAGAAACGCUGCACAGCAGAAGGCGGCGGCGGCGAGCAGACCGGAGCAGGCGAGGACCGUGCUCGAGGCGGCCGUACACGUGUGGACUACGUGGUGGUGGACCCCAAGAGGACCAAGGCCCUGAGGAACACCAGAGAAGCAUGGCAUGAUGGGAGGAUGUCCACGGAGAAGGAGAAAAGCUAGCAAUGCACAAACACGAGCAGAGUUUGAUUCAAAGUCAUCAAUUCUUUACACGUCAGGAAUAAAACGUUCACACUCGACUUGACAACCCAAGUGUGUGUGUUAUGAGCUGACUUUUGUGUGUGUGUGUUUCCUGCUGAAAUAGUGAAAACGACGACUGUGGGACAAAUCAGAUGUUCUGAUGAUCAACAAAUCAGAAAGACUUUUGUGUAAUCAUCCCAGCAAAUCCAAUGUGACCACAUGAUGGAUGUAAAGUUACUGCUGAAUAACUUCACUGAUUCUGUGAGGGAAAAUGUGAUUAUAGUGACUGACUGUUGAGUAGUGAACAGAUAAAUAAACUCCACGCAUCAGA